UGUCAACAAUCAGUCAAUUUUCCAAAAAGCCGGACACAAAAAAUCGUAAACAGCAGUAGUGAAAAUUUCGUGUCGAGUUUCAAACUAAAUUCUACAUCUUUACGUGUAUCGAACAUAAGUAAAGCCUGCAAGUUGAAUGUGCUUUCACGAUGGACAGUGAGGGCAGCACAAAGGUUGAAAUGAUGGACAUAGCCGAUGAAGCUGGAACAAGUGUAGCGCCUUUCAGUGAUUUACUGUGUCGGACAUGUCGGAAGCAGGACCAACCCGCCGUACCGGUCGAAGCGGUGCUGGACUUCCACGGGAAAUCCAUCACCGACAUGAUUUUUGAACUGACGGAAAUAAUGGUCAACUAUGAUGCGAAUCUUCCGCAGUCCAUUUGUUUCGGGUGUGUGGAGGAUCUGCGCUCGGCGUACAACUUCCGACAGCGAUGCAUCGACUCCAAUGAGAUGUUCCUGAAUGAGCUGAAUGUCGCCUUGGGUCAAGCUUCGAUUCCUGACGAUCCUAAUCAGUUGAUAUUGAAGGUGGAGCAAAGUGAUCCAGAGCUAUCGGAAAUAAGUCAAAAUGAAACCUUUGAGGAUCAGUCAAGCUUUGAGUUUGAUGCUGAACCGAUGGAUGAUGUCGAAUGGAAUUCGCCAGCGGCGAAGAGAAGAAAAAGUAGAAAAAAGAACACGAAUACUCUUAACUGUCUCGCUAGGUCGCACAUAGUGACACACGAGGAUCGACAUUAUUGCUUCAUAGAUCCCCUAAGCAAAUGUCGAUAUUUCCAGGAGAUUUUGGAGAUGGGCAAUUUCGUUCGGCACUUCCGUUUGAUACAUUGUGAAGAAGCUAAGAGCAAAGGAUUUUUCCCGAAAGAGGGACCCAAAAUUGACGUAACGCCGAAUAACGAGAAAACUGAAUGGAGGUAUUCUAGAAUUGCAAUGAAGUGCAUAGCGAAGCACGACAACCGCUAUUACUGUAAAAUAGAUCCAUCUAGUGAAUGUGUUUAUUCACAAAGUAACGAUUUUGUUGUGGGUAAUUUUAUUCGGCAUUUUCGAUUGAUGCACGCAGAUGCGGCGGAGAAAGAAGGUUUGAUGCGUGAAGUAUUGCCAACGAAACGAGUGCCCGAUGCGCGUAUCAUGAAGCGUAAUAGGAAGGAAUUCCCUGCAAAGCUCGUUUCAAUUGCAGAGAAGUACAUGCGGGAGUCUGACGAUAGCAGAUUCUAUUGUACGAUAGACGAGCAGAGCUCCUGCAAAUUCUCGCGGCAAAGAGCAAAUAUGACGGACUUUAUACAGCAUUUCCGGGUCGCGCAUCCAAAAGCAGCGGCGUCUAAGAUUUUCUCUCUCCACCCACUGGUUAAUGAAGUCCCUUCGCCUGAACCAUUGCCCCACCAGGAAAAGGUUAUGCCUAAAGACACUGUAAAGUCUGUAAGUCCUGCUUUAGUCAUGCCUAAAACAAACACCAAGGUCAUUGCACUACCGCAGCUGAAUCCAUGUCUAACGGACCAACAAAAAGUAUCAUCCUCCAAACAAAAGAGCUACUUUGUUCAGAUCGUUAGCAAAUUUGUAAAGCCGGAGCAUGGUCGUUUCCGAUGCAUAAUAGACGAAAACAGCGGCUGCCAUUAUGCGCAAGUCAAUUACGAUGCCGGCAAUUUCAUACGGCAUUUUAGGUCGAGGCAUCCUGAUGAAGCGAUCUCCAACGGGUUUGUACGUAAUGAAAAGCACAUGAAACAGGAGGAGAAAAAGAGAGUAAUAAAGAAACUACUGGUCGGUACUGACAUCCCGCAGCUACUGGAAGCUUGUAUCAAACUGGUGACGUUGCAUAACUUUCCGAUCCAGUGUUUCGGAUGGACUGGAAUGCGUUUGUUAUUGGAACCUUUAAUGACGACGCUGGAUCUGGAAAUCAAUGAAACUUGUAUGAUUGAGUACAUUCAUAUGGCAGCGGAAUCGUUAACCCGGAUCGCCCAAAUGGAGAUGAAACAUAAAGUGGUGUCAAUUCAGCUGGAAUCCAUCAUUCAGAAAGGAACACUAUAUCUGACUGUGAGUGCCAAUUACGAUUACGUUAAUAAAGUGAACACCCGCGUGCUUGGAGUAAUCCGAGCUACAGAGACAUUGACCGCUAGAGAACUGGAGGUUAAACUUUUUCUGUUGCUUGAUCGGUUCCAUAUCUCAAAGGACCAAGUAAUCGCAGUCGUUUUCGGAAACGCAGGAAGUGCCCUUGGAACGCAAAAGAGACAACAAAAAAUGUUCGCUGAAACACUAACAAAAUCUAGUUCCGAUUGCGGCGAGCCGAACAAAGAAGAAGCUCUAAUGGAAUCGAUUUCGACCGCACUUAGAGGUAAAUUUGAAGUCGUUCGGAAUGUAAUAAGCACUGUGUUAUCCGCUUUAAACGAAAUCGUUCCAAAUACUGAUCCUUCGGUUCAACGGAUUGAGCGUUUUCUGCAAGAUGUCAGAAGUUCCAAGUUUGAACAUUUUUUCAAACUGAACAAUGCUUGCUACCCCCCACUUUGGUGUUCGGAACGCUGGCUCUCCAAGCUCAAAUCCAUCAAAGGCAUCAUCAAACAGAAACCGUUCUUUGUCAAGCUGGUCCAACAUUAUCCGGAACUUGCGCUCAACGAAGACGAUUGGCAGUUCCUGAUGGAGUACCGAGAGGCGUUCGACCCGCUACACAAACUGCUCAAAGACAUCCGGACAAACCAGGAGCACGUCGCAUUCUCCUCGUUCUACGUGCGUUGUCUGGCCGUCAUCAAGGACGUCCGGGGAACCGCCAAUCGUUUCUCGGUACCGAUUUCCCGAUUGCUGGGCCGACGACUGAUGGAGCUGCGGGAGCAGAAUGCUUUCCAGGCGGCGCUUUUGCUUGAUCCGCGCUUCCAUUUCCUCCAGUCGGUGCUGCUCACGCCGGUUCAGAAAAGCCAUGCUCAGAACUACAUCCUCAACAUCUGGAACCGCAUUAACGCCCUAAAGCCGAACUCCCAGACAGCCCAGUUCGAGGCAGACAAGCUGAAACAGGAGGACAAAAAGGACGACGACAUGGACGACUUCCUGUCGGAGAUGUUUGGCGGUCCGUCGGAGGGUACCUCCAAGGCGGUGGUCCCGCUCUCCAGCACCGUGACACCGGUGCUGCAGCAGCUGAAAAGUCUCGAAAUAGAACCCCGCCAGCCGCACGACUACGACGUCUGGAACCACUGGUUGCAGCGCUCCGUAAGCCACGCCGAGCUGUUCUCCGUGGCCAUGGUGGUGAUGUCGCUGCCGUCUAACAAUGUCUGCUUGGAACGAACGUACAGUGCGCUGAUCCUGGCCGACCGGAACGAUGGCCUGACGGAGCAAACGCUGGAUGAACUGCUGCUGGUAAAGCUGAAUAGCAGUCUGUUCGAGAAAGCCGUUGUGACCAUGUAUGACUGGAAGAACAUUACGCGGCCGCAAGAGACGGAAUAAUGAUUAAAGAUAGCAUUUUAAGUUCUAUGGAGGUAAUAGAAUUUCCUGUCAUCUUUUAACAAUGGUAUUUAUCGAAAUAUAAGUAAGAGAUUGUUUUUUAAUGUAAAUAAAAUAAAAUUUUAUAACUAUUGGAUCCUGUAAUGGAUUAAAAAUCAAUCUAAGUAUCUUGUCGCACUAAA